AUGGCGGAAACGGGCGGUGCAGCGGACGAGGUCGAGGUGACGCUCGACGAGGUGCUGCACGAGGAAGAGACCUUGGUCGACGAGGCCAACGCGGUCUAUGGCGGCUCCAGCGUCAACCACUGCUCGUACGAGCACGGCUACAUGCGCCAAGGCCUGUACGCGUGCCUCACCUGCGCUGCCGAUGGCACACCCGCUGGCAUCUGCCUUGCGUGCAGCUUGAAGUGCCACGCAGACCACGACCUCGUCGAGCUGUACACGAAGCGCCAUUUUCGCUGCGACUGCGGCACGUCCAAGUUGCCAAGCGCGCCGUGUGCGCUGUACGAAGGCAAGGACAAAUCCAACGAUGAGAACGUGUACAGCCAAAACUUUCGCGGUCUCUACUGCUCGUGCCACCGCCCGUACCCAGAUCCGGAUCGGAAAGGCUCGGACGAGGCCAUGCAUCAGUGUAUCGUCUGUGAAGAUUGGUACCACGAAAACCACCUCUUUAGCGAUGAAGAAUCCACAACCCAGAAACCCCCUGCGUCGUUUGACGAGCUCGUUUGCCGCGACUGCAUGACAAAGCACGUCUUUUUGUACAAGUACGUUGACGUGCCAACGUCAGAGGACGCAGGGACGACGUGCCGGCUGCCGACGACGUUGCCAGCGACGACUUCAGGCCCGACCUUUUGGCAGGACGGGUGGCGCCAACGACUCUGUCGCUGCAAGGCUUGCGUGCGCCGCUACGAAGACGCUAAGAUUGCGUUUCUUAUGGACGAGACCGACGCGCUCUCCGUGUUUGAAGCAAAAUCCAAGGCGUCGGCCGAAGACAUGUUCGCCGCGGGUCAAAAAGCGGUGCAGACCGAGCUCAGCCACACGCAGCAGAUCGAGAUGGCGGUGGGUUAUGCUCGCAUGGCUUCGUCGCUCAAGGACUACCUCGCCGGCUUUGCAGAGUCGGGCCAGACGGUCAAGGCCGAGGACAUUCACGGCUUCUUUGAGACGCUCCAGCAAAACAAACGGCAGAAGCGGGAAUGA